AUGACGCCUUCAGAUUGCGUACAACUGGAUCAGCUUCAGACUGAGGAGCGCAGUGACACACACUCAAUCGAUUCUUUAGAUACUUUGGAGCUCUGCAUUGAGUUUAAUCAUGAGGAGUCGCGAGUGUCUACCGCUGUGGCGUGCUGUGUUCCGGAAAUUGCAUCGUUUGUCGACGACUUAGUGCCUCGGCUUCGCACAGGUGGAAGAUUAAUCUUCGUGGGAGCUGGUAACAGCGGUCGAGUCGCGAUGAUGGAAUGUACUGAGAUCCCGGUCACAUUUUCAACUUAUGAGGGGCAAUUUAUUGCUCUUGUGGCAGGGGGUGAAAAAACCGCAGCGAAAGCACAGGAGGGAGCGGAGGAUGUCGCAGAAGAUGGGAUUGCGCAGCUCGAAGCUUUCAACCUUACUAUCAACGAUACUGUUCUCGGUAUUUCAGCAUCGGGCCGGACACCCUUUGUUCUUGGAGCUCUCAAAUUCGCGAUUCAAGCCGGGGCAUUGACGGCAAGCAUCACGAACACAUCACCAUCCUCGAUUGGUGGCCUGGGAAUCAAACAUUCACUGGUUGCCCUGGUGGGCCCAGAAUUUAUCGCAGGAAGUACUCGACUCAAGGCUGGGACUGCUGCCAAGCAAAUCCUGAACAUGAUCAGUACUUGUUCAAUGAUGAAGCUUGGGAAGACAUAUAGAGGCCUGAUGAUUGACCUUCGAGUUGGAAAUUACAAGCUUCAAGCUCGAGGUCGAAGAAUCCUGCGUCAGGUCUGCAAAGAUAUUCUGGAAAUUCAUUCAGAAAGAGGACUUGUCCUUCCACCUCAGAUCCUACAAAACUUUCAUCAAAUACAAAACGACGAUGCAGCAAACAUUUUGAUUGGUAGAUGCGAUGGAAGCGUGAAACUUGCCUGUGCUGUGGCUUUUACGAAUCUUUCUCCAAUUGAAGCAAAUAUUCAGCUUUACAAACUCGAUGGUAACUUCCAGGCCUUUGUUGCAAACCAUAUAAUUCCGACUUAUAUUCAUGACAACAAUGCUUCACUUGAAGCAGAUGGCGAUGAUCAAGAAUAUUUUCUAGCUAUCGAUGGAGGGGGGACCAAAUGCGCCGUAUCGAUUGCCACCAAGUUUGGUAUUGUCUCUCGUGGCUAUGCCGGGGCCUGCAACUUCAAUACUGUGGCUACAGAGGAGCUCAUGAGUCAAAUCAAAAAAGCCACGAUAGAAGCUGUGAAGCUUUUACCGCAGAGGCCACAUUAUAACCUCAGGAAUGUCCCGCGAUUCAGCAAAGUAUGGGCCGGAAUCGCAGGCGUGCAUCAUGCCGAGCGGUUGAACAUUCUCAUCAAUGGUCUUGAAAAGGCCUUCGGCGUUUCUAUUGAGAAUGAUACGCUUCGGUUGACAAGUGACAGUGCACUCCUUGGCGCAUGCAUCGAGGUUGAUGCUUCUAUCCAAACAGGCAUCAGUCUCAUAUCAGGAACAGGUUCCGUGGCAACUGCUUUCAAGAAGGACAGCAACGGCCAUGUCGUCGAAGUCCGGCGAGCAGGCGGAUGGGGCCAUCUCAUUGGAGACGAUGGAAGUGCAUUUCAUAUUGGGAAACAAGCUUUACAAGCCCUGUUGACAAGCAAUGAGAUCAGCGAAGCUGUUGAUAGGAGCUGUUUGAGUGAAAUGGAGCGGGAGAUCUUGACUCACCUCGGUUGCACGAAUGCCGUGUUGUCUCGUCUUCUUUAUUCGGGAAAGAACCCGAAGAAAGAAAUCAGUGGCCUAGCAAAGAUUGUGACAAAACUUGCGUUCCGCAGCGAAAAUCCUGAUCUGCAGGCUCUUGAUAUUUUGAAUUCAGCAGCUCGCUCGCUAGCUCGGCUCAUUCAGCCGCUUAUCAUUUCCUGCCCUCCAACCAGCAGCGUGUUGAUUCUUUCUGGGGCAUUAAUGGGCCUGUCAAAAUUUCGAUCAUUGAUUCAUGAGCAGCUUUCUCUGGCUAAUAUUCCUUCUUUUAAAGAAAUGAUUUUUAUAGAGAGUGCAUCCGACUCUGGUGCAGAGCUUCUGGCUACACAAGCGGCCUAG